UCUUCACCAUGUCCCUCCGGUUCCUCCAGGCCUCAGCGGCCAACGUAGGACGCUCUGUCGCCACUCGACCGGCAAACGCUCUAGGCAUCCAAGUAUACCGCCAAUUCCCUGCACUUGCCCGUUCAUCGCAUACCGGACCCGAACCGACGCCUAUAACCGCCCUUGCGAAGCAAGGUUCUAAUCAACUCAGUUUGGAGACGCCGCAAAACCGGGCAGAGUAUGUUCUCUCCACAUUCGACAAGAUCGCCAACUGGGCUAGGCAGUCUUCCAUGUGGCCAAUGACUUUCGGUCUCGCCUGCUGUGCCGUGGAGAUGAUGCACAUGGCCGCCGCGCGGUAUGACCAGGACAGGCUGGGUGUCGUUUUCCGAGCUAGUCCUCGGCAGUCGGAUAUAAUGAUCGUUGCGGGAACCCUCACGAACAAGAUGGCACCCGCUUUGCGCAAGGUGUACGACCAGAUGCCUUCCCCACGAUGGGUCAUUUCCAUGGGAUCCUGCGCGAACGGAGGUGGAUACUACCACUACUCCUACUCGGUCGUUCGUGGAUGCGACCGUAUCGUUCCGGUUGACAUUUAUGUACCUGGUUGCCCACCAACCGCCGAGGCUCUGCUGUAUGGCAUGCUGCAGCUCCAGCGCAAGAUGAGGAGGAGUCGCAAGGGCGUCCUAUGGUACCGCAAGUGAAGUUCUUGACCAGGGCGUCGGUUGGAUCUUUACGUCCUGUAUUUGAUUCUGCUGGACGUAGUAUAUGUAUUGCCUUGGCAACGCUGGCAUGGUUUUGAGGGCACUCGUGCAUCUCCCGAAUCGUAUUGAGAGUU